AUGUCCGAACCGACCGAUGCGCUCGCCCCGAGGGAUGAGGAGCACGACCCUCAUUUCGAGCCCGUGAUCAAGCUCACGGAGCAGGUCGAGACGAAGACCCACGAGGAAGAUGAGGAGGUCCUCUUCAAAAUGCGCGCGAAGCUCUUCAGGUUCUCGAGCGAGUCCUCGGAGUGGAAGGAAAGAGGCACGGGCGACGUCCGUCUCCUCCAGCACAAGUCGACCAAGAAGGUCCGCCUCGUGAUGAGACGCGAUAAGACCUACAAGGUCUGCGCCAACCACUCCAUCACCCCGGACAUGCGCCUGCAGCCCAACAUCGGCUCAGACCGCAGCUGGGUGUGGAAGGUCGCGGCUGACUACUCUGAGAACCCCCCGACCGCGGAGACCCUCGCAAUCCGGUUCGCAAAUGCUGAGAAUGCUGCGCAGUUCAAGGAAGCGUUCGAGAAAGGCCAGAAGCUUAACACGGAGCUUCUUGGUGGUGCUGCCGCCCCAGAAACGAACGACGAGGCCCCCGCCGCGGAGACGAAGGAGGAGUCCGCCGAAGAGAAGAAGGACGAGGAGCCCAAGGAGGAGACAAAGGAAGAGCCCAAGGCCGAGGACGAGAAGAAGGAAGACUAA